AUGCUUGAUGAAGCAGCCCCAUGUUGACAAGAGGGCCUCAGAGCUGGUGGCUCUGGUUCUCUUUUCCUGGGGGGAGACUUCACCGUCCUGGCAGGAGUUGGGUGGAGCCCUUCCCCAAGUGUAAGCAGCACCCCUUGUUUCUGGAUCCCAGGUUCAGACAACCUUUUAGUCCUCACGGUGGCCACUAAGGAGACCGAGGGAUUCCGUCGCUUCAAGCGCUCAGCUCAGUUCUUCAACUACAAGAUCCAGGCGCUCGGCCUAGGGGAGGACUGGAAUGUGGAGAAGGGGACGUCGGCCGGUGGAGGGCAGAAGGUCCGGCUGCUGAAGAAAGCUCUGGAGAAGCACGCAGACAAGGAGGAUCUGGUCAUUCUCUUCACAGACAGGUAGGUGGGUCAGGGCUUCCUGGCCCAAGCCCCUCAGAGGAAGAUAGGAGAAUCUUCAGGCUUCAUCGGUUAUGCCCCCAACCUCAGCAAACUGGUGGCCGAGUGGGAGGGCCAGGACAGCGACAGCGACCAGCUGUUUUACACCAAGAUCUUCUUGGACCCAGAGAAGAGGGAACAGAUCAAUAUCACCCUGGACCACCGCUGCCGUAUCUUCCAGAACCUGGAUGGAGCUUUGGAUGAGGUCGUGCUCAAGUUUGAAAUGGGCCAUGUGAGAGCGAGGAACCUGGCCUAUGACACCCUCCCAGUCCUGAUCCAUGGCAACGGGCCAACCAAGCUGCAGCUGAACUACCUGGGUAACUACAUCCCGCGCUUCUGGACGUUCGAGACGGGCUGCACCGUGUGUGACGAAGGCCUGCGCAGCCUCAAGGGCAUUGGGGAUGAAGCUCUGCCCACGGUCCUGGUUGGCAUGUUCAUCGAACAGCCCACGCCGUUCGUGUCCCUGUUCUUCCAGCGGCUCCUGCAGCUCCACUACCCCCGGAAACACAUGCGACUUUUCAUCCACAACCACGUGAGUAGCAGGCACUCUGAGGGGUCGUCAUGUGGCUUAGGUCCAGGAGACCUGUGCCGGCAAGACCGCAGCUGCACCUACUACUUCAGCGUGGAUGCUGAUGUGGCCCUGACCGAGCCCAACAGCCUGCGGCUGCUGAUCCAACAGAACAAGAACGUCAUCGCCCCGCUGAUGACCCGGCAUGGGAGGCUGUGGUCGAACUUCUGGGGGGCUCUCAGUGCAGAUGGCUACUAUGCCCGUUCCGAGGACUACGUGGACAUUGUGCAGGGGCGGCGCAUUGGUGUCUGGAAUGUGCCCUAUAUUUCAAACAUCUACUUGAUCAAAGGCAGUGCCCUACGGGGUGAGCUGCAGUCCCCAGAUCUCUUCCACCACAGCAAGCUGGACCCCGACAUGGCCUUCUGUGCCAAUGUCCGGCAGCAGGAUGUGUUCAUGUUCCUGACCAACCGGCACACCCUUGGCCACCUGCUCUCCCUGGACAGCUACCGCACCACCCACCUGCACAACGACCUCUGGGAGGUGUUCAGCAACCCCGAGGACUGGAAGGAAAAGUACAUCCACCAGAACUACACCAAGGCCCUGGCGGGGAAGCUGGUGGAGACGCCCUGCCCAGAUGUCUACUGGUUCCCCAUCUUCACGGAGGCAGCCUGUGAUGAACUGGUGGAGGAGAUGGAACACUUUGGCCAGUGGUCUCUGGGUGACAACAAGGUGGGGACCCUGAUGCCUGGGCUGGGGCCGCAGGGAGGCCGCCUCUCCAUCAGUGCCACUCACUGUCCAGGGUCUCCAUCAGUGCCACUCACUGUCCGAGAGCCACCCUCUCUGGGACUCUUGACAUAG